AUAGAGUUUUCGCAUUGAAACGUUGGUCGUGAUUAAGGUUGUCUGUUCAAGUCAACCAGCUGUUUUGUUUCCAGGAUUAAUUCCAGGAUGUUCCAGGAUCGUACUGGAGUGCUGAAUAGGAUUUUUUGGGUCAUCAUUAUAUCUUUGGUGGUGUUCACGUGUGGAUUACAAAUACACCACCUAUUGGCUUAUUGGAUGAAGGGUCGGAUGGCAAUUAAAUUACACUACGACGGGUAUAACGUGUCAGAUUUUCCAUUUCCAGCAAUCACGUUCUGCAGUGAUCUACAGCUACAACAUCUUGACAAGAGAAAAAUUGGCGAUGAUCUGUUCAAUAAACAUUUUGAAGAUACGGUACAAUUAUUGUGCAGCCCAUACGAAACCAAUUAUAGCGGAUCCAUACGGUUUAUCAAUUCUAAAGUUUGGCAACACGUUUUGUCAAAUCAUGGAGUUAUGUGUGACCAACACAUUAACAGAGUCUUGUGGCUUCGUGAUAAAAUUGAAUUGCCUUGUAAGUAUUUUCAACCUAUGAUCACGUCGUAUGGUCUUUGCUAUUCGCUCAACAUGAUUCCAUUUCAUCUGUUGUUUAACAAUGAUUAUUUCCAUAUGUUAUCGUUUUUAGAUCAUCCGCUGGCACAAAUUAUUAGAAAAAAGAAUCUGAAUACUUGGAACCCCGAAGUUGGAUUUAAGCCCGAUUUGACUCCUUUCGACACGCCUUGGAGAGUGACGGGAGAUUCCGUUAACAACAGAGUCAGUUUGCAUUUCAAGUUUAAAAGAAACCCAGGAGUUAACUGCCCCAUAACGGGAAAGGGAUUUGUGUUAAUAAUGCACAAUCCAGCAGACGCGCCGAUCAGUUUACAACCUACAGCUUACAUCUCUGGUAACCGCAGAGUGGCCGUAUCUUCGAUCAUCAGUAUAUGGCCAACAGCGCCGACAAUUCAUGCAUGGUCACCAAAGUCUCGGAACUGUUAUUUCCAACACGAGAAGCCUUUGAGGUAUUUCAAAGUAUACACCGAAAACAACUGUGACAUCGAAUGCAGAAUUAAUAACACUAUAAAGAGAUGUGGCUGCAGCGCUUACUAUCAUCCAAGAGAUUAUGACAUACCGAUUUGCGGCAGUGCGAGUUAUGCUUGUAUGAUAAACACACCAGGGUACUCGAUAUUCAACGAAAAGUUCCCGGACAGCAUUGAAGACGAAUGCGAUUGCAUGCCGGCCUGUACCGAAGUCAGAUACGAAUUCAAAGUUGUAGGCAUGUUUAAAAAUUGGACAAACUCUGAUGAAAACGACGAAAUGGAAUCCUCUAGGCUGUCUUUGCAUUUCGAAAAAGAGGCCGUCAUAAGUAUAGAAAAAACGGCUUUGAUAUCGUUUAAUGAAUUAUUAAGUAAUACCGGUGGAAUAUUGGGCUUGUUUCUGGGAUGCAGCAUUAUUAGUAUAUUUGAAAUUAUUUACUUUUUCGUUAUUAGACUGUUGGUUGAUCGAUGGAACUCGAAAAAACAUCAACGCAACAACAAUGAUUUUAGCAUUAGCCAUAAAAUUACACAUCCCACACAAUAGGCAUUCUAUAGUAGCGUGAUAGAAAUAUAAUGUAUUGUAGGGGUCUGGCAAUAGGCAUUUAUUUAGUUGUUCUUCAAAAUAAUAACAGCUUUUAUUAAGAAAAAAAAAAAUGCAAAAUAUUUUAUGUUAUAGAAUUUUACGUAUAGAAUGUUUUCUUG